AUGACAAUAUCGUUUGAACACUUUGACCCUGAAUAUGAACUGGGCAAUUUGGACCUUAAUGGCAAACCUAUCAAACCCCGUCGAAAACCUGGUAGGAAACCUAAUCCGCCAUCACCAGCACAGCGAAAAGCACAGAAUAGAGCUGCGCAAAGAGCCUUUCGUGAACGUAAACGCCGCGAAAUGAAAGAAGCAGAAAUCAACAUAAAAAAGUCAAUGCACAUGCGUGAUCAAGCGCUAAAGGACAUAAAGAAUCUACAAACAAAAUUAGAGGAGCUCAAAUACGAGAAUAACUACUUGAAGGGGCAAUUACUUACUCUCAAAAUUGCUUGUAUGGCACAUUGUAUUAAUGUACCAAAAUUUUGGGAUACAGGUUCCAGGGAUAGGAUGGGUUCAGAUAUAACAACCUAUUCCAGAACUAAAGAUAUACCCCAAUCGUUGGAAUUUUUUCUUGAUCGCAAUGGCAAUAUUAUUAAUGUCGACACCACCACUGCCACAGAAGAAGAAAGAAGCUCUCAACAACUCGAUGACAAUCUUUCGAAAAAGCAGCAACCGCAGCAGCAGCAGCAGCAGCAACAUUUUCAAAUGAGAUCCUCCGAGCUUGAUCCUGCUAUAUCAUUGUCACCGACAUAUUCCUUUACAACAACUUAUUCGAGCUCGGUUACAGCACCAGAACUCAACCAGCCAUCGUCCGUUCUUUCAGAAAUGGCUUCUCAAUUACAACAGCAGCAUCUGUCACCUUUGAACAUGGCGGAAACCAACCGAAUACCAAUGUUUGAUGCAAAUACAAUAAGCGAUGAUAACAUAGCGAAUUAUAUCCAAGCAAACCCAUCUCUAACUUCAAAUUUGGAUCCUACCUUGAUAGAAUAUAUUCUGCAACCAAACAUUAUGAAUGAUAUAAUGAGUCAAAUGAAGGAUGCACCUCCUGAACUUUGGUCGACUCUGUUGCCUCCGGAAAUAGCACCCUUCAUCCCGCCGGGAGUUAGAUCAAUGCUCCCACAACAAUUGUUUACAGAUCCAUUGGAACAGACAAUGCAGCCUCCUCUCACAAUACAGUCACAAAUAGCACAUCCACAGCCUAUUCAACUGCAGCUUCCAGACUUACCACCGCAAUAUUCUCAACAGCAACGACAUGAACAAAGACAAGAACAACAAUUUAAGCCGCAGCAACACCAAACAUCCUAUACAUCGGCUGAGAAUGUCAACAGCGAUGAAUCCUAUUCAGAUAUUCCCGUUGAAGAAGACUUUUGGAUAGAUAUAAAGAAAACAUCUUCUGCAUCGAACAAAGUCUAUGUAGACGGCCCAAUUCCGCCAUUGGAAGCAGUGACUCGUAUGCGAACGAUGCGCGAUCAAAAUGAUAAUCGAUAUCUAUUAACCCCUACGGAACUUCAGCGUAAGAUCCCUCAUGAUCCACGAAUUGACUUAAUUCCUGGUCCUACCAUGCGUGACUACAUGAUCAUUUUUCAGGAUUUCUACAACGCCAACGAGCUAUUCAAUCUUUUACUGGAUUCUGCUAUGUUCAUCGGUGGGGAAUUGGGUAAUCCUGAUUGUUGGUUCGUGCCACCAGGAUUUUUGAGAAAAUAUUGGUUCCUAUGUCCUAAUUCAACACCCACAAGACCUGAUAAUUCAGUGGAAUUAGCAGUCUUCAACGCUCAAAAAAUGAUCAAACUACUGAAACGUAGAAAAGAAAUGUACAUCAAGAGAGAUCAUUAUCCGAAUCACUUUUUACCACCAAAUAUGACUUUGGGAGACAAUCUCAAUCAAACAACUAUGAAUGAUAGGUAUCGUUCAUCUGAGGAGGAAGUAGCAGUAUCGGUAACAACACCUCAAAUGGAUGAAAAUAAUGAUAAUAGCAGUAACUACACGUAUCAGCAAGAUCAAGACCCAUCAAACCAACAGCAACACUUAUUUGAUAACAAUAUGCAGAUAGAUGUGCUGGUUAUAAACACUUUAAAUAAGCAAGAUAUACCUCGGAUAACCUCUCCCAACGCCUUUACCUUGUAA